AUGUCUUAUAUCCCAGAGCCGAAACCGCGACCAAAUCCCGAAGCUCUGCUUGCUUUGAGUCUGGCAGAAAAGCGCGAAAAAAGAUUCAGCACCAGUUCUUUUGGGUCAGAUCGCUCAGCGUACUCCCAAAAAUCCUACGUUGGACCCUUGCAGGCAGUAGCUACGCAAAAUUCUAUUCGCAGCGCACGCCCGUACCCCGUUGAGAAUGGGCGGAUAACACCCUAUAGCUAUAUCCCCGCGACACCUCAAAGGCCUGCUCGUCCUGUGCGGACGCCCUCCAUUCCUUCUAUUGCCAGCACACAGAUGUCUCCAGGUCCUUAUAAUAACUACUACCGAUCCGCAACUCCUGCAGGAUCUGUUCGUUCUAUGGCCCCUAGUACUGUGUCGAAUAUCCGGGCCUCCACUCGACAAAGGUAUUAUAUCAGCAAUAGGAUUCCAGCUCCCCGACCUCGAGCUGCGCAACAGUUACAGGCACCUCAGAUAGCUACUCAGCAGUACUUCAGCGACCCAGUGUCAAGACAAGGCACUCCGAUGUCGGUCAUGUCAAAUCAAUCACAGUAUGCUCCCUAUCAAAUGCAACCCGGUUAUUCUUCUCCUCCUCCUGGCCUUGGUUAUGUUGGUAAUGGGUUAAAUCUGAAUUUCCCUCAGCCGCCCAGCCAGCCUGGUUAUUCACAGAGGAGAGGUCCAGCCUACUACCCUCCUCGUGUUACUAGUCCGUUAGCGUCUCCCGUUGCGCCUGUCAACAAUAUAGCGUCAAAUCAGCAACAGUCUAUGGCAAUGCAAAUGCGUGAAGCCCUCAUGAUGCGCACACCAUCUCCACUGGCUCGUUCUCUUGACUCUCCGACUAGCCCUGAUAGCAUGCAUGCUCACUCUCAUCCUCAACCCAGUCGCAACCCUAGCGUCUCUUCGGUUCCGCGAUCACCAUCGCCCCAACAUGGAUCAUUCAGUAACCUGCCUGUUACACCACUCUCUGCGGUUUUACCGGCUCAUCCUGUGCUUCCACCGUCUCCAGCAAGGUUUGAGGGGAGAAAUGUACAGCGAUACGGGGCUUCUCUGGAUACUGCUAGCUUGCACGAACAGAUCGGGCAAAUGAUGGUGGGUGCGCAAAUGAAUGGAGAGUAUCGUACUGGAAGCGCUCCACCACCGAAUAAUUGGGCAGCAUCGAACGGUAACCGGAUGGAUGCAGUGAACUACUGGAGGCAACAAGCAACCGAACCACGUCAUGUUAAUGGAGGACGCCGUGUUGAAGGAAGGGAGUAA